AUGUCGUCGUACGACAAAGUCCGCGGCGGGAAGUUCAGCUUCAAAGGCGGCGGCGACCUCUCCCUCGGCGGCGUCGGGAAGAAGAAAAAGAAGAAGAAGAAGUCCAAGGACGCGGACGCGCUCGCGCUCGAGGCCGCGAACGCGGACGGCGGGGCGGGGGAGACGAUGCAGGUCGGGCAGGGCAUCGGCGGCGACCCGGGCGGGGACGCGAAAGGGAAGUACGAGGAGCUCUUCCCGUACGAGGCGAAGCGGCAGGCGAACCCGACGGGACGGAAGAACUGCUGGGGGACGAACUACCGCGAGGCGCCGGAGAUCUUGCACGGGUACGACAAGGCGUGGCGAGGACGAGAGAAGCAGAUGUCCGUCGAGGAGCGGUUAGAUCUGCGGUGCGGGCACAAGGCGGAUAAGUUCUGCAAGUGA